AUGGGUUUCAACAAAAUUAUGGUCACCUCCGGUGUCAUCACUCUGCUUCAAGCUAUGGGGCAGUUGGUCUUCUCAUCAAUGUGCAUAGCGCAAUAUUUUUGCGUAAUCGACUUUUUGAGAGGACUUCCUCUACUAAUCUACAUAAGAGUCCUUUACUUUCACAACCCUGUGGCAUGCGGACCAACAAUCAACAUCGGCCAAGCUAUCGACAGCAUUGCUAAUGAAGCCUUCAUUUUGUUAACCUCGGAACCGUUCACGGUGUUCAGGACUUUCAUCAUAAACUGCGUCAGCCUCGGCCUGAGUGUGUUUUGGAUGACCAGCAGUAUCAUUAUUAUAAUGGCUGGAGCCAGAGAUAACCAGACAAAAUGUACACGGUGGCCCUGGAUAAUACUCACUGCUGCCGUGAGUGGUCUCGACCUGGUAGCGACUGUCACGUACGCCAACGAUACGUUUCACACAAGGACUUUGCAAGAUAUGAUGAAUUUCAUCGGCGGCAGAGUAAGUGGAAUCGGAAAUGCUCAGCUGGACACCACGUGGACUGCUUGGGCCAUGGUUAUCCUCUACUCACGUUUCGUCAUUCUUUUUGUCAUUAACAUAAUUCUUAUUGUCAUCGUCAUCGUGGACUGCAAUGUGGAAAGAGAACCAAAAUCUGAUAUCGUUACUGUAGAAGCUCCAGUGCCGGUACAAAUUGAAGCUGCACCUCAAGUACCAGUUGCACCUCAAGUUCCCGUCCAGGUAUCUACUGCAGUUCAAGCCUCUCCUCCUCAAGAAACACCCCCGCCACCCGUGGUCACUGAAAGGGAUGCUAUCAGUGACAGAGAUGAAGAAUUAGCAAGCUUACCCAGCGAAAGAGUCACCACUAGAAUACCACGCGCUGGUCUUAGCCGCUCCUUCCGUCGGAUGAAAGCGUUCCUCUUCAGAAAGUCACCUUCACCUGAAAUUCAUACCCGAUCGAAUCCAGAUUCUUUCCAAAUAUCGCCCGAACGAUCACCCCGCACACACUACGUUCACCAGCAAGUUGACGUAGACCUUGACAAGAAAAGGACAGUGAAUUUUCCGGAGAGUCUACUAUCAUUGCCACAGCGCUUAGAGAAUAUAAUAGCAGAGCAGCAAAGACGCUUAGACCGUGCCACCAUAGACACUUCUGGAAGAAACAGCCCACCACGAGCUUCGCAGUCCAUGCCUCAUCUUGCAACCACUUCCAGCCAACCAGAGGGGCGAGGACGCCGUGGAACAACGGCCGAGCUCCAGGGCCAGCUUCCCUGGGCGUAUAUACCAGCGUCCUCGCACCGCAUGCGGGACCAACUCCCUCCGGACGAGGAUCUACCACCGGUCCCUCUCCCAGACUACAACGCCAUGCAGCCUACUAGAAAAGCAUCCGUCCAUCGAGCGGCUUCCAGCUUAAGUUCGCUAACACAAAAGAAAAAUUAUGUGACGUCACGGUCUGUGCCAGCGCUAAAUCAAUCCGACGUUUUGUAUUGA